CUUGGUUUUCUCGUUAAGAUAAAUAGAACAACUUUUACCGGAACGGCACAGAUUGCUAAAUUUAUGUUGAAAUGAAAGGCUGAGAAAAAUGGAGUCUUCUAAUUCAAACGGUAACGGCUCAACGAUGAUAAGCGACAACAAAGCCAGUCUUCUUAAGCAACACGCUAACAACAACCGACUGAAUGUUAUCGGUAAACAAAACAACAUGCGAAAGAUGAGCACUAUGCCGGAAGAGGACGGUUCAGACGCUGACCCAGACGCCGUGAGUCUGCAGCCGAUCCACCAGCAUCAGCAAGAUCCGGACUCAGACUCGCCGAGCGAGGGACGAGAAAGAGGUCGCCUCCUCAGCUCUGGAAGCCGUAAAAUAAUGGUCACACCGGCGAGCAUGUCCAGCAUAGCCUCGACGAACAACGGCAUAAAGCGAUCGAGCAGUGGGAACAGCUCGAUUGACAGCGUCCACGAUGCGAAGCAACCCGCCAGAAUUCCGCAAUCGCGUCUUGCCGCCUUGGAAGCUGAGCCUCGUUUGUACCGGGACGGUUCAACGCACGGCGCCGGGGGUCGAAUAACCCGAGGAAUCGAACUGCACGGCAGCCGGCAUCGCUAUCCGAGUAUGCGAUCCCUCAAAUCCACAGCCGCCGAUGACCAUCAUCAACACAAUCAUCACCCAGCGACCAGUUGGGCCUCGAUUGUUUUCUCCGACGCCGCGAGUCAGUCGGGAAAACCAUUCCCAGAUUCCGUUUCCAUAAGAUCCCUUGCUUCCAUAGGUAUGGGCUCUUCGGACGGUCGUAAGCUCACCAUUCGCAGGGUACCCACUUCCCCCUCUGAACUACUCAACAUGGUACAUCCUCCAACACCCAUCGAAGAUGACCUUUCGACGUGCAGUAGUUACGACGACGUGGAUGCGGAAGAUCCUGGGGAUUAUAGGCAACCAAAGAGGCCUCAUUGGGCCAACAAGGUGCAAUUUGUUCUUGCUUGCAUCGGCUACUCUGUCGGCCUUGGCAACGUCUGGAGAUUUCCCUAUUUAUGUUACAAGAGUGGCGGCGGAGUAUUUCUCGUACCUUAUUUUCUGAUACUAAUAGUAUGUGGUGUCCCGUUGCUAUACAUGGAACUUGCUGUCGGGCAGUUCACACGUCGAGGUCCAAUCGGCGCCCUAGGACAAAUUUGCCCUCUAUUUAAAGGGGCCGGUUUGUCGUCCGUAGUUAUUUCAUUUCUAAUGUCCACUUACCAUAAUGUGAUAAUAGCAUAUGCCAUUUACUAUUUUUUUACUGCGUUCAAAGAUGUCCAGCCAUGGUCGGACUGUAAUACUACAUGGCAUACGUCAGCCUGCUGGACACCUGCUAUGCUAAAUACAAACAAUCUCACACGACCAAACACUUCCAAAACACCAUCAGAAGAUUUCUUUGAAAAUAAGGUACUCCAGAUCAGCCGUGGCAUCGAAGAGCCUGGAGCGCUACGGUGGGAAUUAGUUGCUUGCUUGGUAACUGCCUGGGUAAUGGUUUACUUUUCCAUUUGGAAAUCUAUCAGGUCGUCGGCACAAGUAAGAUACCUUACGGCCACACUACCGUUUCUACUCAUCAUCGUAUUCCUUACACGCUCUCUGACCCUCGAAGGUGCGGAUAAGGGUCUUCAGUAUUUUUUCAGACCUCGAUGGGCUCUGCUGGCAGAUGCUAAGGUCUGGGUAAAUGCAGCUGCUCAAAUCUUUAACUCAGUGGGAAUCGCGUUUGGAUCGAUGAUCUGUUUUGCAAGCUACAAUAAAUUCCACAACAAUAUCUUGAUAGAUACGGUAGCUGUGUCUCUAAUCAAUGCGUUCAGCAGUCUACUUGUUGGAAUUUUUGCCUUUGCCACAAUAGGCAACAUCGCACGCGAGCAGAAUAUGUCUGUCGAAGAUGUCCUCAGUGAUGGUCCUGGAUUAGUCUUUGUCGUCUAUCCCCAAGCCUUAGCAAAAAUGCCAGCAUCUCAACUAUGGGCUGUACUAUUUUUCUUCAUGCUUGUCUGCCUCUCGCUCAAUAGUCAGUUUGCAAUCGUGGAAGUCGUCGUUACAUCGAUACAAGAUGGAUUUCCAAAUUGGAUAAAGCGCCUGUUACUUUGCCACGAAAUGCUGGUUCUCAUAAUAUGCGUUGUAUCAUUUUUAUUCGGACUACCAAAUAUAACGCGGGGUGGUAUAUUCUUCUUUCAACUGAUAGAUCACUACGCUGCAUCAAUUUCCAUAAUGUUUUUGGCAUUCUUCGAAGUUAUUGCCAUAUCUUGGUUUUAUGGAGUGCAGAGGCUGUGCAACAAUGUUAAAGAAAUGACUGGACGUAUGCCAUCUAUUUACUUUAGAUUUUGCUGGCUCGUAGCUGCUCCUCUUUUAAUAAUGGCUGUGUGGGUGUUUAGUUUAAUUGAUUACGAGCCCCCCACUUAUCACAAUGGCGCAUACAUUUACCCCUGGUGGGCGGAAGCCAUUGGGUGGGGCAUUGCAUCGCUUUCUCUUGUAUGCAUUCCUGCGGUUGCCAUUUAUGUGUUGAUUCGGGCCGAAGGCGACACUUUUCUUCAGAAAUUGAGAAAGUCGAUAAAGCCGGACUUUGAAGCGUGUAGGAUUUGUGGACAAGAAUAUUGCACCGACCCAUUGCACACGAUGGAUGAGGACUCAGCGAAAGAACCUCUACAUGAAUUGAAUAGCUUGAUACAGCAAAAUUCCACUUAUAUUCCCCCGAAACCGGAAGCAUAAGAUCAAAAUUAAAUAUAAUAUACCUUUUCACACACAUUGGAAUGUUGAAAAAAAUGUGUCCUUUUCUCGACUUAUCUUGUAAAUCUGUUGCGGCUACUCUAAAUUGCUCAUCUCAAGAUCUGGGCUGCAGAAAACAAAUUUUAGGAGAUGCGCUUUUCAUUUCGAUUUCGUAGUAAUAAGAAAUAAAUACCGUAAAUAGUUGAAUUGAGUAUCAGGAGGUAUGGAAUACUCGGGAACAAUGCAUUUUCAAGAAUGGCUUCAAAACAUCUACCAUGAAAGGUUGAUAGGUGAGAGUAAAUAAAAAUUAUCUCCUGCCAAAAUUUGUGAAAAAAGAGAAAAUCGGAAGAACCCAAGCGAGUCGUUUUACGUAGUUGAGACGCAGAAUAAUAAGACGAUUGGAGUACCACGGAUAAAUUAUUGAUAUGUCUCAUAUUUUGGGAUGGUAGAAU